UCCGUUGCUGGCUGCGUUCGGGUUCGGAUGCACUUUGCAUAUGUUCGGUUUGCCGGCACUGACUGCACCGAGUUCGAAGUUCGUAUCUUGUGCACUCAGCCGGCUAAUUAGUGUUCGUUUGUGUUCAAAGUGAUGCAGCAGUGGGGGAGGAAGAGUGGAAGGAGCUCCCACAGCAGAAGCAGCAGCAGCAGCAGAACGGCAAGCAGAAGCAGUUGCAGUGCAGAUACCGAUCAGUGCGGACGUGAUUUUCAAGAAAGCAAUUGUUUGAGGUCCUCGCCGCCACCUCAGUAGUAGUAGGCCAGCGAGAUUUCGAGUAGUACGCGAAUCGGUUUUUGGAAAGAAGCAGCAGCAGCAGCAGCAGCACGGAAAUGCAAUUAACGAGAAGAAUUCGGUGCAAAUAAAGUGAAAACGUGUGUCGUGCGGUUGAUUUAUGGGAUUUAUAUUCUACAAGAGCCGAGAGGUCGAAAAUGUCUUUCUGAUUUUUCGAUGCAUACAAAUUGGUGUAAGGAAUAAAUGUGUGGGCAAUUAAGUUGACUGAGGUGAUCGAUAAAUUGGAAGGAAAGUGGAAUAUUUAAUUCGGUCGAUAGCGUUUAUGAAGUGAGCUUGUUUUAAAUGGAGAUGAGCCACCAGUGCUUGAGCGUGCUGAUUUUCUGAGAACGGUGAUGUGGGUUUCCCCUUAGUGUGCCAUAACGAUCGAACGGGGACGAAUUUUCAAGAUGUUGUGCACAGUUGGGGUUGUGAAGUUGAUGCUGAUACAACACCUGGUUGGCGUUUCGUCCCUGAUGAGCAGCGUGAGCACGGCGAUCGGCCGAAGACACACUGAUAACCUGCUGAUCGCACGAUGUCGCUCCAAAUGUACGAGCACAAACGACAAAAUGACGUGCGAAAGCUCGUGCAUCCAAGACUAUCUGGAAAACUCCUCCUACAAGAAAUACGGCGACUGUCCGAAGGACCCACUCAACCGUCUGGAAGCAAUCUGUCAGAACACCUGCCAGAGCACUGAUUAUCACUGUCCGGGGAUCGAGAAGUGCUGUUCGCACUCGUGCGGCAUGAGCUGCCAGGCGCCCAUUGGUUUGGAAAAAGUUCGCGGUUUGCCACCGGUUCCGUUUCAUGUUGUUCUGCGUGAAGCGGGACGUAGUUUUCGGAUGGCCGAGAUUCAGUGGGAAAUUACCCUGGAAGAGGAGAUGUCCAGUGCGAUCUACUUUGUGAUCGAGUCACGGCAUCACAUUGGGAUAAGUUUUGCGGAGCGUAAGCUGGAAAACGAUUGGCAGAAUCACACGCCGACGGUUAUCUACGAGGUCAAAAGGGCGGGCAAUCAGAAGCGCUACGUCGGAGAGAUGAAGCUAAAGCCGGGCCGCUGGUACCAGGUUCGAGUGGCGGCGGUCAAUGAGCUGGGCACCAAGGGCUACUCGGUCGUUUCGAAGGAGUUUCAGCUGAGUAAAACAGAGCCACAACCACCGCAACCACCAAAAAAUUUCACCCUAGGUCAAUUGGUACUUAAUGCAAAUGGAACAUACAACCGAAAAAUCACGUGGACAUUACCGCGAUCGGAUCUUCCCGUGGAGAAGUACAAAAUCAGCUGGAGUUUGUAUCUCAACGCAAGCGCAGGACCGAAAGCGGGAAAUUCCUCGUUAUUCAAGGAAACGGCCACCGUAUCGGCGCCGAGUAGACAUUUCGAGAUCAAAGGACUGCAACCGAACAGUAUUUACUAUCUGCAAAUACAUGCCAUUAGUGUGUACGGCAAAAGGCGACUCAAGUCAGCGGCCACUAGCGAGCUGAUGGACACUACCGUUGAUACUGAUGAAGCCGCAAGGCCUCCCAACAUGGACAAUAUGUUAAUGAACGAUGCGAGCUUUCAACGUCGCACAAAGUCGGGCUCAUCCGCUCAGGGUCUGAACUACAAAUUUGUUCCUAGAAAAAGCGGUCUUGUGGUGCGUGUUACGUGGCCAGACAAGAAUCCCACGGGACGCUACCGAUUACAUCUCUGCCAGGGGGCCCGAGAUUGCCUCACCAAACCAAUGGGAGCAAACUUUCACGAUGUAAUCGUUAAGCAACGAACAUCGUACGAAUUCGCGAGACUUGAUUUCGAAACCAAAUACACGGUUGGACUGAGACACAACCGUAAGCGCGCUGUGACACAGCAACAGCAUGACCGAAUUCAUCAUCAACCCGGAGGUUACGAUAGUGUAAGAACUUUUGUGACACCCAAGUGUGACCAUUUCCGGAAGGCACAUCCUGAACUGCAGCUCGACUGCGCCGUUUAACGCUGCUUGUUGUUACUCCUGUAGUGGAAGAUGAUAUAUGAAGUACGAACCGUAGCCAUUUCCAGUAUCGUAAUUGUGAAUUUUAUCCCGCCAUAACUCGCCUCUCUUUCCGUUGAUGAUGUGAGCCGUGGAUAGUUCCUGGGGACGACUUUUUUAUUGAUUUUUGUUUGUUGUAAGUUUUCAUUAGUUUCUAUUUUAUGUUUUAUUCAAUGCUGCGCUGCCAUUUUAUCCAAUGUAGAAAGGGAUGCAACUGAAGACAAAUGAACGAAUGUGAUUUAAAUAAAGACAGUUUGCAUUUAUGUAAAGAAUUAA